AUGGGCUUUCAAGACUGCGAGUAUGUGGAGGAAGGGCCGACAAAGACAGAGCAACUUGAAGAGCAAAUUGCUGUCCUGGAAGCACGCAUUGAAGAACUAGAAAAACCCCGGGAAUUAAGGGCUUCGGGCACCUUUCAAAGCCCUGUAGUCGGCGGCCGUCGUGCAGCAUCCCUUCCGGCUCUGUCUCGUGGCGGAUCGCCUCGAUUGGUUUAUUCAACACUCUCUUAUUCCGAAAUCCCAUCACCUACCACCAUGCCGACUGUUUCGGGGGGAAUACCUCUACCUGAACUUGAAUCUCUUGUUCACAACUUUCUACAACAUUGCACUCUCUUUGGUUUUUUUCUCCACAUCCGAAAUUUCGCGGAAGCUGCCUUGGGCCGUAGCGGACCUCGUCCUUUACCCGCUUUGCUGCAUGCGGUCCACCUUUGGGCAAUACAUCUAUCUGGAAACGAAGAGCUUGUUGCCAACUACGAGGCUCAAUACCUCUCCCGGACUUUGAGAUCGGCCGUUGGAGCGCUUUCCACCGCGUCGAACAAUAUUCUACACGCUAUCCAGGCAGAGGUACUCAUAUCCCAAUACUUCUUCCGUACAACACGCUUUCUCGAAGGCAAAUAUCACCUCAGUGCCGCUGUUUCUUUGGUGCUCUCAUCGGGUCUUCACCGACUUCGGUCUGCAGAAGUGGCGGCAGGCAACCGUGGGUUUUUGAGCGCUGCACCUCAAACUCGUUCGCCUACCGUGGACCCAUUAGAUGAUAUGGAACGCGUCGCAGCCUUCUGGACUGUGCUGACGAUGAAUAACUGCUGGACAACUGCGGAUGGAUCUCCCUCAAAUCUGGCAUAUACGAGCUCUGGGUCUGAUGCUAGAAUCGAUACUCCAUGGCCUGUUGAUCCAGUUAAGGCAAUUAAGGUCUCAAUGCCUCCCAGUUUAAUCUAUUUGCAGAAUUCCGGGGUCGUCGAGCUCGAAUUGAGCUUUGGUACAGUCAAUGCAUUCCUGGCCAACGUGCCAGACACGGCGACAUCAAUCCCUGCACUACAUUCAAAGUCUGCAAUCCUUUUCGAACGGGCUUCGCGUUUAGUGGAUACAUAUCGACCAGAUCUGAACCCUAGUCAGUUGGCUGAGUUUUAUGACUCCUUCAAUAGCCUGGAGGCCCUGAUUCAUGGUUUUCUUUCCAAGCUCCCUGAGCCGAAUUCGACCACAACUAUGCAUACUGCCCGCGAAGUCUUCUUGAUUCAUUCUCUUUCACGCGUCGCGCUAAUCCAGCUACACAAUCCUUUCGUCGAUGUUGCCGGAAACAGUCACAUUGCUCGUCGUCAAGCCCUUGAUGCAGCGCGUGGGAUAGUUGCAAUUUUGACGUUGAUUCUGCCCAAUGACUUCGUCUUUGUUGAUCCAAUUACUGGUGUGAGUUUCCCGACAUCAGCUCCUCUGGUGCAACUAUUCACUUCUCUGUCGUUCCAGACUCUAUUCAUGGCCACUGCCCAAGUUUUCAUAGGAGAACUUGACCGAUAUCGCCGUUCUCAAGCUGUUGGGCAAGUUUGGGAUGGAGACAUGGACGAGCAGCAUCUAAUGGAUGCCGUUGAGAUCGUUCUUGCCACGAUGAACAUAUUCGCUCCAACUUGUCGACUGAUGAAUUCUCAACUCCAAAUAAUGCAUCGAGCGUACCACUCGGUGUCUUCUCGCCCUUAA